UGUGAUGGACAACAUUUCGAUUUCGUCCAUUUGAAUUUAAUCAAUGCUGUUGAAAAACCGCGAAAAACUGAUGAAGUUUGUAUUCGAGUUUUGUUGAACUGAAAAUACAAUUUUCAAGUCAAUCACCAGUUCACAGGUGAAUUUAAAUCUGUUAUGAAAACCCUUAUCGCGACCAUCGGGGAUCGAUCGAUUAUCGAUACUUACGUAGCACUAAUAGAGCGUCCGAAUGAUUUCUUUGGCCGUAUUACAGUAUAUUACGGUUAAAGACACAGUUUUAUUAAGUUAUAAUAUUCUAUCGGUUUUUUUUCUCUCCCUAAUGUAACAUGUGUCCGAAGCUCUUGUGUCGCGAAUGUUGAUCGAUUUUAAUACGGUUCUUAUCACAACGUCUUGCAUGGCUGAUACGGUCAGUGUCGUUGGGAAGCCGCGAACUGAGAUAUUGUACACAAAUUAUUAUUAAUAUAAUAUAAUAAAUAUCUUAAUAAUUCGUGUUGGACGGCGAUCGCAUACCGUUUGAAUAAUAAUAUUUUGGCCCAGGUCUCGAACUAACUAACUCUGGUGAUUGAUUUUUUUUGAUUUCUGCCCGUAAUCUCAUAGUCAACGGCCAUCGAUUCAAAAAAACAAAUUUCAGCAUGGAUAAAUCGGAGUGGCUUCUUCAAGAAAUUCGUGAAAUAAGUCAUGGUUUUGGCGAGAGACGACCUCGUAUCGACUCGAUAACUGAAAUCCGAUCGGUACUAGUAAGACAAAUGACCUUGCUGAUUUACAAAACAAAACAAGAAGCAGGCAAACAUGGUGACAAACAAAUAUUAAUCAAACAUAUUGUAUCUGUUAUUAAAAAUUGCAAGUUUACUCUGAUCAGAGUUUUGUCGUAUUAUUUAUUAAAAGAUAAUAUUUAUCGACUCUCAACAAAUGGUAUUAAAGAUACAGAUGAUACUUUGAAAGAAGAUAAUAGUAUUAAACAAGUAACUAAAGAAGAUUUUAGUUCUUUUGAAGAUUUAAUAAAUCCAGAUUUUGACAAAACAUUAGAUUUAAAUAUAAAUAAUAUAGACUCUUUGAGUCUAUUGUCAUAUGAUUUUACUACACCACCUAAGUAUACUGCAGCUCAAUUGAAAAAAAGUAUAUUUAAACAAUUUAUCUGUGCCAUUGCUGAAUUGAAAUUGGAGUUUAAAAUAACUAAAGAGGAUAUUAAAAAUGCAACUGAAAAACGCCAAAUUAGAGUUAAUGAUCUUUCACUUGCAUUAGGAGCCGAACGGUAUGAAGGUUUCCAGGUAUGUAGAAAAAAACAUUUUCGUAAUGAUAAAGGAGAUCUUUUAUUGCGUCAUGUUCAUAAAUAUCUUCCACCAAAAAUCAAUUAUGAUAAACAAGUUAAAGAAGUAUUUCUAUUCUUAGCAAAAGAAACAAUUGCUGCCAUCAUUGAUCAUGUGUAUGAAAAUAGAUCACAGCAUGUAACCAAUGAUGAAUCAAAACAAUUAGAAGAUGAAGAUAUUCCAAAACUUAAAAAGAAAAAAAUUGAGAACAAAUUUGAAUCUAUACUCGUCGAAGAAAUAAAAAAUGUUACAAAUACUUAUUGGAAAGAUAAUGAAUUUUUUGAAAAUCAGUUGGUAUUUCUAUAAU